AUGAAAAGUAACAGCAGUAAAACAUGGGUUCUCCUGGCAGCGGGUUCUAAAGGCUGGAAAGACUAUAAUCACCAGGCCAAUGUGUGUCACGCUUACCAGGUUUUCCACAAGAACGGGAUUCCAGAUGAACAGAUUGUGGUGAUGAUGUAUGAUGAUAUCGCUUAUAAUGAAGAGAAUCCUUUUAAAGGUGAAAUUAUUAAUGUACCAAAUGGUACAAAUGUUUACACUGAAGUUCCGAAGGACUACACUGGAGAGGAUGUAUCAGCUAAAAACUUUCUGGCUGUACUACGUGGAGAUUCAGCAGCUGUCAAGAAAAAAGGCCCAAAAAAAGUUAUACAAAGUGGUGAAAAUGACUCUAUCUUCAUUUACUUAACGAGCCAUGGACUUGUGGGUUCUUUUUCAUUUCCUAAUUCCAAUCUUUCUGCACGCGAUCUCACUGACACAAUACAUGCCAUGUCGAGGAACAGGAAAUUUUCAAAGAUGGUCAUUUAUAUGCAGGCGUGUCAUUCUGGAUCCAUGUUUGAAGAGCUGAGAGACAUGAACAACGUGUACGCAGUUGCAUCGUGCAGGCCUGAUGAAUGUAGCUAUACUUAUUGCCAUGAUAAGAAAAGAAAUGUCUUUCUUACAGACUACUUCACCUUUCACUGGCUACAGCACACCAAGACAGUAAACCUCGACAGGACUUCAUUUCGAGAUCAGUUUUCCUACUUGAUGAAAAAUGUCAAAGAGUGUAUGGGAAAAGAGACACCAUGUUACUAUGGUGACAUGAGCUGCUGUCAUUUACCAUUGUCCAAAUAUAAAGUCCAAAUGCUUUUGCCGGGGUUGAGGAUAGCGUUCUCGAAGCAGCAGUCAUGGAUCGAGUUGACCUGGGAUGUGUAUCAGCUGCAGCAGAUCAGGUUGGAGUGA